GAGGGAGACAAAUCCAAGUGUCCGAACACCACCCGGGGACCAUGAGUCCCAGCCAAGCCACAGCUCCUCUUCCCGCUUUCUUACCUGCCCACUAGGCCCUUCCGCUGCAGGAAACAUCUGUGUGGAUUAUUUCACUACAACCCCAUGAUGCUUGGACUCGAGUCACUUCCGGAUCCCACGGAUACCUGGGAAAUUAUAGAGACUAUUGGCAAAGGCACCUAUGGGAAAGUCUACAAGGUGACAAAUAAGAGAGAUGGCAGCCUGGCCGCAGUCAAAAUCCUGGAUCCCAUCAGUGAUAUGGAUGAAGAAAUUGAGGCAGAAUAUAACAUUUUGCAAUUUCUCCCUAAUCAUCCCAACGUUGUCAAGUUUUACGGGAUGUUCUACAAAGCGGAUCGCUGUGUGGGCGGACAGCUGUGGCUCGUCCUGGAGCUGUGCAAUGGAGGUUCCGUCACCGAGCUUGUCAAAAGUCUGCUCAGUUGUGGCCAGCGGUUGGAUGAAGUGAUGAUCUCCUACAUCUUGUACGGAGCCCUCAUGGGCCUUCAACAUUUGCACAACAACAGAAUCAUCCACCGGGAUGUCAAGGGGAAUAACAUUCUUCUGACAACAGAAGGAGGAGUUAAGCUCGUUGACUUUGGUGUGUCAGCGCAGCUCACCAGCACCCGUCUGCGGAGAAACACCUCAGUUGGCACCCCGUUCUGGAUGGCCCCCGAGGUCAUUGCUUGUGAACAGCAGUAUGACUCCUCCUAUGACGCUCGCUGUGACGUCUGGUCCUUGGGGAUCACAGCCAUUGAACUUGGGGAUGGAGACCCUCCCCUCUUUGACAUGCAUCCUGUGAAAACGCUCUUUAAGAUUCCAAGAAAUCCUCCACCCACUUUACUUCACCCAGAAAACUGGUGUGAGGAAUUCAACCACUUUAUUUCACAGUGCCUUAUUAAGGAUUUUGAAAAGCGACCUUCCGUCACACAUCUCCUCGACCACCCGUUUGUGAAAGGAACCCCCGAGAAGGGUGUGUUUCUACAAAAGCAACUGGCCAAGGUCCUUCAAAACCAGAAGCAGCUAAACCUUGCGAAAACCAGGCACACGAGGAUGCACACCCGAAGGCCCUACCACGUGGAGGGUGUGGAAGAAUACUGCCUUGAGGAUGAUUUGGUCAAUCUCGAGGUUCUGGACGAGGACACAAUUAUCCAUCAGCUACAGAAACGUUACAUGGACUCGAUGAUGUAUACCUAUGUUGGAGAUAUCUUAAUUGCCUUAAACCCUUUUCAGAAUCUAAGUAUAUACUCUCCACAGUUCUCCAGGCUUUAUCAUGGGGUGAAACGAGUCUCAAAUCCCCCCCACAUAUUUGCGUCAGCCGAUGCUGCUUACCAGUGCAUGGUUGCUUUCAGCAAGGACCAGUGCAUUGUCAUCAGUGGCGAAAGUGGUUCUGGGAAGACAGAAAGUGCCCACCUGAUUGUUCAGCAUUUGACAUUCUUGGGAAAGGCUAAUAAUCAAACCUUGAGAGAGAAAAUUCUGCAAGUGAACUCGCUCGUGGAAGCCUUUGGGAAUGCAUGUACUGCCAUCAAUGACAACUCGAGUCGUUUUGGAAAGUACCUGGAAAUGAUGUUUACACCAACUGGAGCGGUGAUGGGGGCAAGAAUUUCUGAAUACCUUCUUGAAAAAUCCAGAGUUAUCAAACAAGCAGUGGGAGAGAAAAAUUUUCACAUUUUUUACUAUAUCUAUGCUGGUCUUUAUCACCAAAAGAAACUUUCUGAUUUUGGACUUCCUGAGGAAAAACCUAGGUAUAUAGCCGAUGAAACCGGAAAGGUGAUACAUGACAUCAUUUCUAAGGAGUCUAAUCGAAGACAAUUUGAGGCCAUUCAACAUUGCUUCCGGAUUAUAGGGUUCACUGACAAGGAGGUGCACUCCGUGUACAGCAUUUUGGCUGGGAUUUUGAAUAUCGGAAACAUUGAAUUUGCAGCUAUUUCCUCUCAACAUCAGACAGAUAAAAGUGAGAUCCCCAAUGUUGAAGCUUUGAAAAAUGCUGCCUCCGUUCUCUGCAUCCAAUCCAAAGAGCUCGAGGAGGCCCUCACCUCUCGCUGUGUGGUCACCCGGGGCGAGACCAUUGUCCGAGCCAACACCGUGGACAGGGCUGCAGACGUCAGGGACGCCAUGUCCAAGGCCCUGUACGGGCGUCUCUUCAGCUGGAUUGUAAACCGCAUCAAUACGCUCCUGCAGCCAGACACAAACCUAUGUCGUGCGGAUGACGGUAUGCAUGUGGGCAUCUUGGACAUUUUUGGAUUUGAGAACUUUCGGAGAAAUUCAUUUGAGCAGCUCUGUAUAAACAUCGCCAAUGAACAAAUCCAAUACUACUUCAAUCAGCACAUUUUUGCUCUUGAGCAGAUGGAGUAUGAGAAUGAGGGCAUUGACGCGGCCCUCGUGGCAUAUGAGGACAACCGUCCCCUCCUGGACAUGAUCCUACAGACCCCCCUGGGCCUGCUUGCGCUCUUGGAUGAGGAGAGUCGCUUUCCUCAAGCCACGGACCAGACCCUGGUCGAUAAAUUUGAAGAUAAUUUACGGAGCAAGUACCUCUGGCGGCCCAAAGGAGUGGAGCUGAGCUUCGGGAUCCAGCACUACGCCGGGAAGGUAUUGUAUGAUGCGUCUGGGUUUCUCGAGAAGAACAGAGACACCCUCCCUGCCGAUGUGGUUGUGGUCCUGAGAACAUCGGAAAACCAGCUUCUGCAGCAGCUCUUCUCCAUCCCUCUGACCAAGACAGGUAACUUGGCCCAGACAAGAGCCAGGAUAACAGCAGCCUCAAGGUCAUUGCCUCCACAUUUCAGUGCUGGGCGAAUCAAGGGACUGUCACCAACCUGCAGAGGAGGAGAGCAGUGACCCAAAGGACAGGGCCUCGAGGCCAGACACUGAA